AUGGAUAUUCCUCGAGGAUCGAGGGAGCCAUCUGAAUAUGAUCCACGAACGAUGCAGCCACCGAUAGAAUCAUCAUCCAGAGCUUCACCGUUAAGUGUUCAAACAAAUCCAACGAUGAGUGCAAAUUUUAAGGUUCAAAUGUGGCAAAAUCGACCAUUCGAUAGUGGAGUGCACACUAUGACACAUAGCCAAGCGCCAUCCAUGAUGUCGAUGACGUCGAUACAUGCUGGCUCACAGAUCUCCACCAUGUCAUCGGUUGUGGACACGGAUGCGGCGGAGCUUACGGAUCAGCAACAACAAAAAUUCGAGAAUAUUUCAUUAGCACUAUGUCCCAGUCAUCCAGAAUACGCCAAUGCUGAAGGUGUAAUUCCGGAGUUGAUAAAUUUAAUGAAGGAUAAUGAUGAGGUAGUUGUUUAUCGAGCGUUGUUUAUCAUGCAAAAUAUUGCAAAACUGGAUGCGGAUAUUUCGAGGACACCAAGUGCUCGAAUCCGUGGUGGGGAUGCAGUGAUGGCAAUUUUAAAUGUGCUUCAAGUACGAAGAAAUACGCCGAAUAUUAUCCGAAUGGCUCUUGGAACACUGUUCCAAAUCUGCAUCCGAGCAGAUGGCCUCGAUGAUGUGGCAAAAGUGAAUGCUCAAUGUAACGGUGAACUGAUUCGAGCGUUAAUCGAACAUGCGAGGACUGUACCAUUUUCAUGCUACAAAUACGCGUUAUUAACGUUACACAGUUUGGUAUCCGAUAAAGUUCAUGGACCGCAAUGUGCUCAACAAGCUAGACAGAUGGAUACCAUGCAAGUUGUAUCUGAAUGGCUUCAGCAUGAAAAAAGUGAAAAACUCCUACCCGUCAUUGUGGAUCUGGUACGAAUCCUUUGCGAUAAAAAUCACGAGCAGAAGGCGUAUUUCCUUGGAAUGAAUGGAAUACCAAAACUUUUGAAUAUCCUCAAAAAGUGUUUAUAUGAAAAUUGUUUAUGGAGGACAACUCGAUUGCUUACUGUGUUUUCUAAUUUUAAUCCUCAAAUGUUGGUGCAAUGUAAUGCGCCAGCAGUACUUGCACCUCAAUUAGCUCAUGAUUCCGAGCGUUUGGUGUUGGUAUCUCUGGAAUGCCUCCGGAAUAUCAGCGAUGUGCCAACCGAUGCUAAUCGAUACGAUCUGUUACGUUCCCUCUUACGACUAUUCGGACAUCGGAAUCAGAAAGUGACACGAUACACUCUGGAUAUUCUUGCAAAUCUUUGUGCAAAUAACAAAGUUAACAAGGAAUUCCUUAUCUCUAAUGGAAUAGUCGGCUAUCUACUUCGAGUUUUAAAUGAAGAAAGAACGAUGAGCAAACAAAAUCAAACAAUAAUUGUGGAGGAAAUUCAUGAAUGUAUUCUGUCAAUACUUUGUACUUUGUGUGUUGGUAAUAAUAUGAUUGAAGACGUUCGAAUAGAAGUUUUCCGACAACCACAACUUUUCCUCGAGAAACUCGUCCACAUGCGACCAGUUCUACUCAAACAAACGUUGCAGUUACUUUCCAAAGCAGCUCUAAGAGAUGAAAAUUUGGUUGGAUUCCGAAAUUGUUCUCUGGAUGGAGUGUGCUUCGUUCAACAAAUUGUGUAUAUUCUACGGGUAGCAUGCAAUCAACCACCAGAGACUCAAAUGGUUGAAGGAAUCAAAGUUUACGAACUCAUCAAUCUUUCCUUGAUUGUUCUACAUUGUUUGUGUCGUGAUAGGGAUUUGUUAGAGAUGGUUGUCUACUAUCUUCUCUAUCCAGAAAAUAUGAAGGUUAGAGAAUGUGAUAUACUCCUUCCUGUUUACGCACUUCACGAUACUCAUGAGGAAUCGAUCAAAAAAUCGGCAAUUUCACUUAUUGAAGCUACUGUUCACCAUCCGAAGAUGGCUGCAUUUUUCAAUCAAAACCAUAGUUUAACUAAUGGCCUACAACAUUUCGCUCGAAAUUCGAAUCCUGUACUGGCAAAUCUUGCAAAGGAAUCCUUGAAAAUGAUUAUGCUAGGAGGAGCGAUGCCACGAAAUCCACCACCACCACCCUAUAUAAGAACUAAAGAAAAAACUAACACAUUGCCCUCUUUGGAAGUAUCCACUGCAUCCACAGCUGCACCGUCGGCAAUGCCAAGUCCAAUUGCACGAAGUACACGAAUGAGUAGUGAAUCCGGAAUGUGGCAAGAACCUAUGGAAGGAGCCGGAGAGCAAAUACCUGAGGAUUUCGCCAUUGCCGACGAUCCAUUCGUAAAUGUGUUCUGCCCAACAACUGUGCCUCAGAGUUCACCUCCAUUUUCACCAACUGUCAAUCAUUCUGACAUGAAUGAUAACUCAUUGAGUACAUAUGGUGAGGAAGUGAUGCAAAUCAAUAGUCCUCAAGGUUAUAUGCCAACACCAAUGGGACCUCAUCAUCCAUCGCAUCAUAUGAGUGGGACAGGAAUACCGUCACAUAUGAAUGUAUAUCCACAUCAUCAACCACCACCACCACAACAACAACAAAUGCCAUACACAAAUCAACAAUGGCAUUCACAAAUCCCUCAUCCACAUUCAGAUAUAGGAAUGUAUUCUAUGCAUAAUUAUUAUCCACCUCAAAAUCAGCCAUAUCCACCAAAUCCUGAUUAUCCACAACGAUACGAUCAAUACCAUCAUCAGAAAAAAUGCUCAGAAUUUUCUGGCUAG